GCCUGCGCAGGUGGCAGCGCUGUGGGGGGCGGGGCCAAGCGCCUCUCGGAGCACAGCGGAAGAAAAUGGCGGCCGUGGCUGCAGAGCCAGCAGCUGCAGCGGUUCCGAUCACAACAAUAACCGCGGAGACGGACGACGAGGGCUCGGCAGAACCGGGUCCGCUUGGUCCUGGAUUCUCAGGAGCCCCGCUGGAGACCGGCCCGGCCGUGGAGCCGGUCGUCCGCAGGGGGGAGGGUGGUGGGGAAGAGCGCCGCCAUGUCAGGCCGGAGUCCGCGGCGGGAAACGCGCUCUCUGAUGGCCCCGGUACCGACGACCGGACCGGUACCGGCCCUAUGGACCGCUUUAGUCCCGGGGUUCCGGGAGACCCAGAGAGCGGGUACCGCAGCACCCUUGCGGACCCGCAGCCCGCAGCAGUAUUUCUGCACUCCGUACCAGACUCCCCCCCCCUCACCGAGGCCGGUUUGUCUCUAGCGGAACCGGCGGAGCCGGACCGGGCCGAGACUGCGGACAGAGACCGGGGGUACAGAGUCCAACCGGAGCUAAGGCUAUCGGUCCCGGAGACCGGGUCCGAGGAGCUCCCAGGCCUGCGGGACUCCUCCCCGCCCUCCCGUUCCCCGAGGAGUCGGCUGAUGAUGGAGAGACCCACCGGAGAGGACUCCUCUCGGCAGGAACCCGGUCUCGCCUCCGCGCAGGAUUUGAGUCCCGGGUCUGAAGUCCGGGUCUCCCUGGACCACGUCAUCGAUGACGCGCUGGUGGUGUCCUUCCGGGUGGGGGAGCAGCUGUUCUCCGGGGUGCUGAUGGACGUCUCCAGAAGGUUCGGCCCGUACGGGAUCCCCAUCACGGUGUUCCCCAGACGAGAUGACCAGAGUCGCCCUGUGCAGUCACCGCCGGCGACCAUCGUUGUCCCAUCCAGCAAACAGGAAGAUGUCCCCGUGACCCCGCCCCCUUCCCAGCCUCACCCCUGGACCUCCAAACCCCCGCCUCUAUUCCAGGACGGGGCACCGUACCCGCCUCCUCUGUUCAUCAGGGACACCUACAACCAGGCCUUACCUCAGCCGCUGCCACGCAAGAUCAAACGGCCAAAGCGGCGCUACCGCUCUGAGGAGCCAACCUCCAUCAUGAACGCCAUCAAGCUCCGCCCCCGACAGGUGCUCUGCGACAAGUGCAAAGGUGUGGUGGCGUCCGGUGGGCACAGGGAGUCCCGGCGGGGCCCGGGGGAUCUGAGGGGUGAGGAGGCGUCGCGGCGGCGGCGGCGACCAGCUGAGGGACCGAUAUCCUCUGAGGUCAAACGACUAAGAAGUGAUGACAAGGGAGGACGUUCUGCCGCAGACAGUCGCUCAUCAUCAGGGAUACGUGUUUCAUCUUCAUCAUCCUCUCGUCGUGUCCUUAGGGGCAUGGCCUCAUCUUCAUCCUCACCGUCAUCGUCGUCCAGCAGCAUGUGUCUGAAGCUGAACCCGAAGAAGGUUCUGGCCAAAGGUUCGACUGUCGACUGCUCCGAAGCACGGCAGGUUCUUAAGAAGCUGGCGAGGAGUCCACAGCCGCUGCAUCGCGGACCCAAAGACCAGUACCAGAAUCAGGACCAGGGUCAUACCCAGAACCAGGACCGCACCAAGGCCGUGACUCGAGCAGCAGCACUGCAGAACCACAACCAGAAGGUGCACUUCACUCGCCGCCUGCAGCAUCUCAGUGGCUCCACCGUCAGCUCGAGCUCUCUCGUGGCGCUUCCACCCCGGAUGCGCCUCAAACCCCAAAGGUAUCGUACCGACGACAGCCAGGCGUCCUCUUCCUCGCCCCCCCCCAAACAAAGCGCUCGCUCAUCGCCUCCCAAAAUUGCUUCAAGCCCCGACCCAGAACCGCCCCAAGACCCAUUACAAGACCCGUCACUGGACACGCCUCAAAACCUGCCCGAAGCCCCGCCCUCACCCUCAACCACAGCACAUCCUCCAACGCCCCCUUCCACCUCCUGCACCUCCAGUUUGGAGAUGCAGGAGGACCGCCCCCCGGGGGAGGAGGAAGCUGAGAAGAGAGAGAGGAGAGAUGAUGGGGAGGUAGUAGAGGCUCCUCCCCCCUGCUCCUCCACCUCCUACUCCUCCUUGGACUCCUCCCACUCAGAGUGCAGCUCCACAGAGACCUUUGACCUCCUCCCUCCAGGAGAUCCGCCCUCCUCCUCUCACUCCGCCCCCCCUACUGCCUCCGUGUUAGGGUCUCUGUGUCCCUCCUCUUCUUCUCCCUCUACCCCCCCACCCCGAGCCGAUGGCGAGGAGAUGCAGACCGGUGGUGAGGAAGACCAAGAGGAUGAAGGUGAACUGAAGAGGCGUCGCAAGUCUUCCACUUCCUCCUCGUCCUCCUCGUCCUCCUCGUCCUCGUCCGUCUUCUCCAAGUUGGUGUCCAAGUGUUCGCUCCCCGACGGUCGAAUGGUGUGCGUUGGCGACAUUGUCUGGGCGAAGAUCUACGGCUUCCCCUGGUGGCCGGCGCGUGUGCUCGGAAUCACCGUGUCGCGGCGAGGCGACACCGGGCUGGCGGUGCGGCAGGAGGCGCGGGUCUCCUGGUUCGGUUCCCCCACCACCUCCUUCCUGCCCCUCACCCAGCUGUCCCCCUUCCUGGAGAGCUUCCAGUCGCGCUUCGACAGGAAGAGGAAGGGGCCGUACCGCCGCGCCAUCGCCGAGGCCGCUAGCGCCGCUAAACAGCUCACACCGGAAGUCCGGGCGCUGCUCACCCAGUUUGAGACGUAGCAUCAGCUACUACUGCCUCCGCCUCCCUUCUUGUCAUGCCCCCUAAACACAUGCCCCGCCCCUCUGCCCCGCAAAUUACAGGAAUUGGGAGGAGCUUGUCCUCAGACUGUUACCUGUCUGUCAGAGACCGACGCAAAACGGCAGAUGAUGCUCAGGUUUCCUGUUCUGGGAGGAGGGGGCGGGGCUUAGUAUUUACUUGUCAGUGUUCAGGGGGGCAGUGGGUAGGGCUUUUCUCUGUGGUGACCUCCCCCUCUCUUCACACAGGUCCUCAGUUUCAGGCAGGUGUCAUGCUAUAUUCACACUACGAGCUCAUUCAUUGCCCACGUUGGCGUCGAUGGCGUUUGAACGGUAGUGUGAACAAAGCAUCGGUUCCACUCGCCUCACCUGAUGUCAUAGUGAUGUCAUCCGAAAACAGUUGUAAAGAUAAACACCAAAUGAGCCACGUGAAGGUUCUUGUGGGUUCUCCGGGUUCUGCUGAGGAGCGUCAGACAAAACUGUGGAACACAGAAUGUUGUUCAAACUGAGGCCAGGGGUCUCAAACAGGGUCCAGAGUUGAGUCUGAGGGGUCUCAGGUUGAUCAGGUGAUAAAUAGAGCAGUUGAUGAAUCGCAUGUUCUCUGAUUGGUCCCCGUAGUCCACGACAUCAGGUCUCUGUAGUCCUGUAUGGGAUCAGGUCUCGGUAGUCCUGUAUCUGAUCGGGUCCCGUAGUCCUGUAAUCAGACUCUUUGAUCAGUUAUCAAACAGUUUAGACUAUCUGUUUGAUACCCUGGAGCCUCAGUUCUUCAACAUGAGACGGACAGAGAGACAGACAGGUAGUCAGACAGGUAGUACACACUGACUGUUGGACAGGAAGGCAGAUCUGCUCUCACGAUGAUGAUGAUGAUGAUGAUGACGAUGAUGAUGAUCGGACUCUUUUUACCGUCUGUUUGCAGAUCAGAGAUCCUGAACUAGAAACUUUUGGGUCAAAAUAACGGAAACACAAAUAAUUGAAUCCAUCGAGUUGAUUUGUGUCUGCUUUAUUUUUCUUCUGGUGUUUUAAAUCUAUUAAAAAACUUUCAAACUUC